AUGUCCCUGCCCUGGCUGCUGCCCCUGCUCCUGGUCUGGGGUUCUCCCGCCCUCCCGCUUCUGCCCGGUGUGUCUGCUGUCCCUUUCCCCACCCUGGCCCCUCCUCUGACCAUGCUGGUGAAUGGACAACGGCAGACCCUGGUCGUGUGCCUGGUCUCUGACGUCUCACCGGACGCCGCUCUGCCCGUCUGGUUCUCGACGGCCAACGGCAGCGCCCUGGACUCCUUCUCCUACGGCUCCAUCCGGGCCCCCGAUGGCACCUGGAGCGCCCUGGCUCGGCUCUCUUUGCCCACCGAGGAUCUCGCCACCUGGGAGGCCCUCGUGUGCCAUGCCACGCCCACGCGCGGUACCCAGAGCUGGAGCACCCAGCCCCUAAGGCUGCCAGCUCAGCCCAGGGGACAGGCGUGCUCGAAGGAGGACCACCGAGGGCCUCAGAGCCGCUCCCAGGCUCUGCUCCUGGGGACCAUCCGACUCCUUUUCUUCAAGCUGCUCCUGUUUGAUAUGCUCAUGACCUGCGUUCACCUCUGGGCCGGGGGGUCUGCGGACACCCCUGGGACCGGACCGUCCAGGCUGAGCCUUGUCUGAGCGCCGGGGGUGAAGACUCCGUCGCGGAGAGUACGGACCGAGAAAGAGGGCUAUCCGAUGUGCCAGAGCGGGGCCGGGGAGAGGCAGGCCGGAUCCUGGACCGGUUGGGAGAUGGAUUGGGAGCGGGGAGUCUUUGAGGGGGAUCACACAGGACCAAAACCGCCCCCCUUCCCUUUGUGGGCACAGCUUGGGCACAGCUCCAGGCUCCGGCCUUGCCCUCCAAGCAGCCCAGGGCCGCCUCUUCUAGGUUCAGGCGAGGGCGGAAUUGGGAUCCUUGCCGCUUCUCCGUGUGUGUGUUUAUUUCAGAUAAUUAACCUGGAAUGUCCGAUCUGUGCCCUUCUCCGGAUUCCACGCUCCCCUCUGAGCCAGAACUC